GCUGUGGAGAAACCUGCGCGCGGGGAAGAGACGCUCGCGUUAGCGGUUGGCGGCCGGGCCCGGGCCCCGGGGCGGCCGCCGAGGGGACUCACCGGAUGAGCCCCCGCCAGCCGCGCAGGAAGAAGCUGUGCCUCUGAGUAUUCUACCUGAUUCUGAAACAUAAUUGAAAUGGUGGCUGUAAAAACAGCUAAAUCUCUUUUUGUGGCCAUCAGACUGUUUCUGAAAUAAUUGACCACGUAGCCUGAGAUUUAGAGUUUGUCAAAAUGCCUGAAAUAAAAGUCACUCCCUUGGGAGCUGGCCAGGAUGUGGGGCGCAGCUGUAUCCUUGUGUCUAUUGCCGGGAAGAAUGUAAUGCUUGACUGUGGGAUGCACAUGGGCUACAACGAUGAUAGACGCUUUCCUGACUUUUCUUAUAUCACUCAGAAUGGAAGGCUGACUGACUUCCUAGACUGCGUGAUCAUCAGCCACUUUCACUUGGACCAUUGUGGAGCUUUACCGUAUUUCAGUGAAAUGGUCGGUUACGAUGGGCCCAUUUACAUGACGCAUCCUACCAAGGCCAUCUGUCCCAUCCUCCUGGAAGACUACAGGAAAAUAACUGUAGAUAAGAAAGGGGAAACUAACUUCUUCACUUCCCAAAUGAUUAAAGACUGUAUGAAGAAAGUGGUUGCUGUGCAUCUGCACCAGACAGUUCAGGUGGAUGAGGAGCUGGAGAUCAAGGCGUACUAUGCAGGCCAUGUGCUAGGAGCAGCCAUGUUCCAGAUUAAGGCUGGAUGUGAGUCAGUUGUGUACACGGGUGAUUAUAACAUGACACCAGACAGACAUUUAGGUGCUGCCUGGAUUGAUAAGUGUCGCCCAGAUUUAUUAAUAAGUGAAUCCACCUAUGCCACAACUAUCAGAGAUUCCAAACGCUGCAGAGAAAGAGACUUCUUGAAGAAAGUUCAUGAGACUGUAGAAAGAGGAGGGAAGGUUCUUAUCCCGGUGUUUGCCCUUGGACGUGCCCAGGAACUUUGCAUUUUAUUGGAAACUUUCUGGGAGAGAAUGAACUUGAAGGCUCCAAUAUACUUCUCCACGGGACUGACGGAGAAGGCCAAUCAUUAUUACAAGCUCUUCAUCACCUGGACUAAUCAGAAAAUUCGGAAAACAUUUGUGCAGAGGAACAUGUUUGAAUUCAAACACAUCAAAGCAUUUGAUCGGGCCUUUGCAGACAAUCCGGGGCCUAUGGUUGUGUUUGCAACCCCUGGUAUGCUUCAUGCAGGACAGUCCCUUCAGAUCUUCAGGAAAUGGGCAGGGAACGAAAAGAAUAUGGUCAUCAUGCCAGGCUACUGUGUGCAGGGAACUGUGGGCCAUAAGAUUCUGAGUGGCCAGCGCAAGCUGGAGAUGGAAGGAAGACAAAUACUGGAAGUCAAGAUGCAGGUGGAGUACAUGUCCUUCAGCGCCCAUGCGGAUGCCAAGGGAAUAAUGCAGCUGAUUCGCCAGGCUGAGCCACGAAAUGUUCUCCUGGUCCACGGUGAAGCAAAGAAAAUGGAGUUUCUGAAGCAGAAAAUAGAACAGGAAUUUCAUGUCAACUGUUACAUGCCUGCAAAUGGAGAGACCACAACAAUAUUCACCAACCCCAGCAUUCCGGUGGACAUAUCCCUGGGACUCUUGAAGAGAGAAACAGCAAUAGGUCUCUUACCGGAUGCCAAGAAGCCAAAGCUAAUGCAUGGCACAUUAAUUAUGAAGGAUAAUAGUUUCCGUCUGGUUUCUCCCGAGCAGGCGUUGAAGGAGCUGGGCCUUACGGAGCAUCAGCUGCGUUUCACCUGCCGCGUUCACAUUCAGGAUCCGCGGAAAGAACACGAGACAGUGCUUCGUGUAUAUAACCAUCUCAAGGGGGUCCUGAAAGAUUAUUCAGUGCAGCAUCUCCCUGAUGGGUCUAUAACAGUGGAGUCCAUUCUCAUCCAAGCCACAGCACACUCGGAGGAUCAGGGAACCAAAGUUCUGCUCGUAUCCUGGACCUAUCAGGAUGAAGAGCUGGGCAGCUAUCUCACAUCCCUUCUGAAGAAAGGACUGCCACAGAGCACACCGUGAGCAAAGAGCCGCAGGCACAGCGGGGUUUCAGCGAUUUAGAUUUUAUUUUGUUUACAUUGUUAAUGGUUUUCUCUGGUUUUGUUUUAAUAAAGGAAUUACAGUGUUUCUCCA